UUAAUCGGCAUCAUCCCCCGAAGUGUCUGGGAUCUUGUUCUCCCCUUGAUUAGCACUGACAGCUAGCGACCAUAUUCACAACACCCGCGUAAUCAACGCACCGCCAUGGCCAAGCUGCACCGGCUCAUCUCCGUCGUCCUCAGGCUCGUCGCGGCCGUCACCGCGGCCGCCGCGGCGAUAAUCAUGGUGACCAGCCGCGAGACCACCAGCUUGUUCGGCCUGGAAAUCGAGGCCAAGUUCUCCCACAUUCCGUCAUUUAUCUUCUUCGUGGUGGCAUACGCCGUGGCAUGCGUCUACAGCCUGCUCGUCGCCUUCGUGCCGCCUGGGGGCGCCGCCUCGAGAUUGCUCGUCAUGACCGAUGUGGUGAUGGGGAUGGUGCUCACCGGCGCCGUGGCGGCCACGGGCGCGAUCGCGGAGGUGGGGAGGAACGGCAACGAGCACGCCGGGUGGCUGCCGAUCUGCGAGCAGGUGCACGGCUACUGCAACCAGGUCAUGGGAGCCCUCAUCGCCGGCUUCGUCGCGCUGGUCGUCUACUUCCUCAUCAUCAUGCACUCCCUCCACGCGGUCACCGAUACCAUGUGCCCGUGCCAUUAGCUAGCAUUCUAGUGCUAUAUAUACCGUUGAUGAUCUAUGUACCAGGCGGUCGCGCAAAUUUCGCUAGUAGUAUAAUUGUUUGUUUGUUUUUUGAAACAUAGUAGUAUAAUUGUUUGUGUUGUUCCGUGAUUUGUUUUGGUUACGGUCGAUCAUUUCAUCUUCUUCAUUUGGCCUGACGGACGGACCGACAGCAGACCGAGGGUGAAAUGUGGCGAGAUGUUUGAGAAGAAAAUAUUUUUUUUCGUUAUGCCGAUCAUGUCGUUAUUGGUGUUGAAGAUUUGAAAUGAUAGUAUUCUUGAAUUCAUAUUUUGAGCAA